GACAAUAACCAAAGCAAGAACCUCACCUUUGUUGCAGCCUUGAAUCCUCAAUCUACUCCUCCUCCUUUCGACAAAAACCAAAAAAUGAGACCUUUAGACGAGAAAGAAAUGGGUGAAGUUUUCAAGAAACAUAUGUUGUUCACAGGAAACAACCUCAAAAACAUCAUUGAAAACCCAUCACAUGAAGGGCCAGACCCGAACCCAGGUCGGUACCGCUUCAGGCUCCACAAAAACAAGGUAUUUUACAUCAGUGAAUCGCUAGUGAAGCGAGCAACAAACAUUGGACGCAAAAAUUUGGUAUCUUUAGGUACUUGUAUUGGGAAAUUCACUCACGGGGGUGGUUUUAGAUUGACUGUUCAGCCACUGAAUUUAUUGGCUGCUAAUGCUAAACAUAAAGUUUGGUUAAAACCCACUUCAGAGAUGUCUUUUCUGUAUGGGAAUCAUGUGUUGAAAGGUGGGCUAGGGAAGAUUACUGAUAGUAUUAAUAGAAAUGAUGGGGUUGUUGUGUUUUCUAUGAGUGAUGUGCCUUUGGGGUUUGGACCUGCUGCAAGGUCGACACAGGAAUGUAGAAAAUGUGAUCCUAAUGGGAUUGUUGUGCAUCACUAUGCUGAUAUUGGCGAGUAUUUGAGAGAUGAAGAUGAUCUUUGAGAAUGAUCCUGGAGCUUUUUGGGAUUAUGGUUGCUGCUUCUGCUGUUACUGUUGUUGUUCUUGAUGAUCUUUGAGAUUCUGGAGUAUUUAGAGAGUUAUGGGAGUUAAUCUGGUGGGGUUAGAAAAACUUAACUAAUGGUUCGUGAAGAACAAUUGGCGAGCAGUUAUGCAUGCAGCCAUCAAGUGGAAACACAAUGCUGUAGGGUAGUAAUAACUAUGCAGUAUGCAGUUUGAUAAUGUGAUCCAGGGAAAUAAAUGGAACAAUAUUGUGUUUAUUUUCAUGAUUGAGAUUAUGUUGUAAUCUUUUUACAUGUUCAUCGUUAAUGAUUUGCUAUUUUAGCAUGUAUUCUUAACUGAAUUACAGAUGAAUUAGUUAAAGAUUGCUUUAUUGUCUGAGCA